AUGUUCGAGAGAAUCAAUAAACUUCAGAAAAUUUUUAAAGAUGGUGGACACGAAAUAAUGAUCAACGACGGUGACGUUCAACUUCAUCGAAAAAACCAUCGCCUACUCAUAGAAGAUUCCAAUCUUCGAGAAAUCAAUUUGUGUCCUUUCAUUGGUUAUGCUCAAGAGCACAUACUUCCACUUCUGGAUGUAUGCAUACCGUUACAACUCAUUAUUCCCGACAUUCUUAAGUAUGCUUCGAUGGCUCUACAACGUAUUCCAGAUUAUCCACCUGAUAAUUUGACUCGUGAUGAAUCAGCUGCAAUUCAUCUCUACACAAUGGAGUGGGAUGAUGAUACAAACGGAAGUCUUUAUUCCCAUCUUAAUUAUGCUCUUAGGAAAGGUGAUCAAGAAGAAUUACAACCGUGGCUCAAAUAUCUUAAACUUUUUCUUACAGCCUUGACUAAAAUACCAUGUUCAUCAACACAGGUUGUAUGGCGAGUUGUUGUUAUAGUAACUGUAGCACUUGUAGUUGCAGGUGUAGUUGAAUCUUGUGUUAAAUUUUCUGUACCAGAGGUAAUUCGAAUGUCACGUGCAUUGAAAUGUUGUUGUGUAUGCUGUUGGUGUGGCGAUUGUGAGAGCUGUAAACAAGAAAUCAUAAUAGAAUCACCACCAGGAACUAUUAUUGGAAGUGUUAAUCAUGAACAAAUUCGAUGUCGAAUGCGAUAUACUCUACGAGAUGCCAACCGUACAAAUGUGAUGAGCGUUAUCGGUCCUCAAUGUAUCUGUGAUGGAGAUUGUAGCUGUUGUUGUGAUAACAAAUUCGCAAUUUAUGGUACUGAUGGUUUCACAAAGAUUGGUGGCAUUCGUAAAAAAUAUGCUGGCUUUAUCAGUGAGGCUUUUACAACUGCUGAUUCAUUCACAUUGGACGGUAAAUAUAUUAUAUGGCAAUCGAUGACACUGCUAUACAUCAUCAAAUAUAGAAUUGAAGAUGAAGUCUAG